AUGGAACCGGAGGAUAAAGGAGUGGAUGUAGAUCACGCACGCACGCGCGGGUACACCGUCCAUGUUGUCGGAAUCGCAUUCCCCGUCCUCCCGCUCGAUCGGCCUCCUCUUUAUCUUGAGCUCCUCUCCCGCACCUCCUUUCUUCCCCAACACAACACAGGGACACACACAAGGUCCUUCCUCGUGAAGCAGAGCUCGCUCAAGCUCAACAACGAGGAGCUCCUUCCUUGUCGCCUCGCCUCGACUCGCACAGUCCCAGGCCGCUUUCUGCUCUGCUGCCACGCCAUGACCGGAGACAUCUUCCGGCGCAUCGUCGGCAAAGAUGAAGAAGAACAUGACGAUGAGCUUCCCGACGAGGAGCCGGCGUUUUUGCCGGUUGAACGACCUCACCAUGCGCCUGCAUGCAUGCACGGCUCUUCCUCGACAGGUAGUACCUGCUCGUGCCUUGAUGAGGUCGUUCAACCAGCAAAACGGCGGCGGUCGUCGGCGACGGCGGGUCCCGGCGGUGCCUAAGGCGGUCCGUCUUGAGGCACUCGUCAGUGACGACCACGCUGUUGUAAGCAUAUCUCUUGAAGCAGCUGCCAGCCGGCACCAGCGGCGGCGACCCCAAUACUCUGCGGCGACCCCGAUACUCUGCGAAGCUCCUUGCCUUCACCUCGAGGGCGCGGACGCGGGACGGAGCGCCUCUCUCCACGGUGUCGCGUGGGGCGGCGGCGGCUGCCGGAGCUAGCGUCGUUGCUCCGGCUCGAAACAUGCGGCCGCCAUGGCCCGGAGAUGAUAUGAUAUUCGAGCCUAUUGUUUUCUAUAUUUUGAAUUUCCUGAGGAACGGCUGCAUCCAUGGCGUUGACUCUUUCUAUCUUGUCUCAUAAAGCAGACACCAAUGAUUUGCUCUAGUUUGAACCUAUUCUUCUCUAUAUUUCGAAUUCCCUCAGGAAUGGAUACAAAUCUUGCAACGAUUCAUGGCUUUGACUCUUUCUUUCUUGUCUAUUGUUCUCUAUGUUUUGAA